AAGGAGAAGGACGGCGACUCCGACGACAACUCCUGUCCCCUCCAGUUCCUCGACUUCCAAGUCUUGGAUCCCAGCAAACAAUGUCCACGAUUUACAUCUGUUGUUCAGCGAAGUGAAGACGAGAGCGGCAUUGGGGCCGAAGAUAUGGAUGUCUUGCAGCUCGAGUUGGAGUCACUCCUGGUAUCUGUGGUCCAGAGGCAGCGACUUCUGGAGACGGAAAUGGAGUCAUUGACCAAUUGGUGUGACUCUAAGAAUAGAGACAAACGAUCGCCACAUAAACCGAGACCAUUGCUUUGUAUUAUAGAGUGA